AUGCCCAAGAAAAGCAAGAGGAAAAAGCGGCAACAACAGUUGGAUUUUAAAAAACCCAAACUAAAAGUUGGUAAAAAAAAGACAUUGCCCGCAAACCACACUAAUAUAUCAUUCAAAUCGAAAGCCAUCAUACUUCCCAAUCAAAGCAUAAAUGAAGAUAAAUCACAUGAAUUGACCAAUUCAAGAAAUUUGACUCUUAAUGAUCUUGUUACGCAAUUGAGACACUACAGUGCGAAUGUUAGGAAGGAUGCUUUACUCGGCCUGAAAGAUUUGUUCAAUCGAUACCCCCAAAUCUUGCCAGGAUCUUUAUCUUUGGUUAUUAACGCAAUAGUUAAGCUCUUGGUAGAUGAGGAUGCGACGUUAAGAAGAAUUUUGUUAUCGUUUAUGAAUGAGUUCAUACCAAUGCUGAGCGAGAGUGAUUUUCGCCCAUUUCUCCCGCUUUUGAUUAUUUAUACCUGUUCAGCAAUGACCCACAUUCACGAAGACAUAAGAACAGAUGCGAUUAAAUAUUUGGAUAUUUGGCUAAACCUCGCUCCUGAUGUAGUUACUAAUGGGUUCUGGAAAAAGAUACUUCCAAAUUAUGUUAGCAUGCUUGGCUCUGAUAUGAGCUUAGGUCAAACGGGAAUGUCAGGCGUCGGAACAUCCUCUCUCACGUUUCUUAACCCUCGAAGUCAAAUACUAUCGCAAGAGACGCGCAUUAAAAUCUUGGCUAGUUUUGAAAACUUUCUGAAGGCUGGAAUGUUAAAAGGGGAAGAUACUCUAAAGCUGAUCUUCAUUAGUUUUCUUCGUUCUCAGCAAGCACGCAAUUCAUUUAUGAAUCAGGAUACUCGUAGACAGAAACGUAAUGUUGUGGAUUGGGUGGCAUGUCAUGGGAAGGUUAACACGAUGCCACUGCACCCAUUGACACUAAUUUUAAUGCCACAGCUAUCAUCAUCGCCGAUUCAGCCUACUCUCGGUCUAUUCAGUCAUUCGAUAUCAUCAUCACAAGACAGUAAAGACGAUAAAAUGUCAAUGUCAACCGUUACCCUAAAAAGUGACAGGUCAGUUCAUACGAAGCAGGCCGGAGCUAUGGAAAUCGAAUAUGAUACUGCUACUGUUGAAGGACGAAUAGCGAUAACACAGACUAUAAUAACAACGUUGCAUCAAUUGUUACUUUCGACCUGGCUGGACACUGCUCCGAUUGUGUUUGGAUCAAUAACAUCGACUAUAUAUCAAUCCCCCGGUUUACUUUUGUUAAACCAUAUACUGAGAAUCUUGGAUGUCUUGUGGAGGGCAUUUUUUAUCGAAUCACGCGAAAAGAGUGAUGCUCGCAAGCUAUGGACUGAUCCUCAAACGCAACAACUGCUGAAACAUAUCACCAUACAUUUUCCAUACGGAGCAGGCUCUUUUGGAAUGCGAGAUGCAAAGACCGAAUCAAUCUUACGAGAAAUGAACGUAAUAUGUUGUAAUCUUGUUGUAAUAUACCUGCUGGAUUCAUCGAUAUUGUCAUCGGAAAAUGAUCACGAGGAUUCAUCAUCAAUGAUGCCAAAAACUACUUCCGAUGCAGUAGGGGGACGACUUUCAUGGGCUGGAAGAGUAUUCGACUACAUUAUAGUCACAUUGGGCGGCGGGACGGAAAGUAUUCUAUUAGAACAUGAAAUUAGGGAUAAGAUGAAGCUAACACCGACAGAUUUCAAACCUGAACAUCUUACAUCACUUCUCCCAUCGAUAUGGGGACUGCUCAAUUGCAUAGAUGACAACGAUCAGAUACUUUUAUAUCAAACUCUGAUCGAAUAUGGCAAGCAAAGCCAUGCGCAAUCCUCCACAAAGAGAAUAAUCGCGGGGUUUGUUUCCCGCUCUUUAAUGCUACAAAAUAGCAUAAACUAUACUGGUCGAUUCCGUAUAUCGAGAAGCUUAAAGUUAAUGUCCAUUACUCAAUCAUGGUUACUAAGUCUACCGAAAUUAUUGUGGGAAUUGAAAACGGGCUCGCUUGAGGCCACCGAGGAGAUACUUGCAAUCACUCUGGACAUUACAAAAGGAAGAGUAAAAGGAAUAGUCGAUGAUGAGGUUUUGAAUCAGUUACAAACUGCUUUAGUUCCAUUUCUUUUCGUCAUGCUGCCAAACAAAGGUCCCGUGUUUGGUCCAUUCAUGUAUUUGCCGCAGGACAUCCAACGAACAACCAUAGAAAUUAUUUACUAUUUUCCAUCAUUAAAUGACAAGAUGAUGGUUGCAUUAGAACAAGUGUUAAAGAGAGAAGAGGUAAAUGAGCACGUCAAAAUAUAUGCUGCAAAUAUCCUCAAGAAAUUUCAUAAAAGCCAUGUAUUAUAA